AUGAAAUUUCGUGGGCGCAUGUUUGAUUCACAAUGUAUGCGUGAAUUUUCAAACACAAUUAAUACAUUAUCCAAAUUAGGCAAGCACGGUGCCAUAAGUUUGACUCCAACAGUUUUGUCUUUUGUUAUAUUUGAUGAUUGUACUCCUAGAAGAAUAUUGGCACAAUGUAUUUUGGAUCAAAAGUUUUUUUUUAAUGAAUAUACAGUAGUUGGUGUAUCAGAAGAACAUAACCAAAUUUGUUUGCAAUUCUACCCAGAUUUAUUAGCUAAAGCUGUUUCCGUUUUAAAAUAUCCACAGUCGUCUAAGUCUUUUAAAAUAAAACUAGCAAAAAAAAAUAAACCAUGUUUGGUUUGUGAAAUUGAAAUUCCCACACAUUUUAAACAUUCCAGAAUUUGUACACAUGAUAUUCCAGUAGAAAUAAUUUCUAGAAAAAAUUGGCCUGAUUUCCAGUUACCAACUUUUCCUCAAUUUGAUAUAAGCAUUGAAAUACCAGUAUUGAAACGAUUUAAAAAUAUUUGUGAAAAAAUGAAAUUUUUAAGUUCUCAAUUAAUAUUGGAAGCUACCCCAAAGGGAAUAUUAGCUCUUAAAGUAGAAACAGAUUUAGCUUCAGUUGCUACUUAUUUUACUAAUCUUAAAGUUGAUGCAUAUAAUGGUGAUUUUGAGGAAGAAAAAUGUUAUGAUGUUACAGUGGACUUUAAAAAAAUAAUUGGUUUUUUAACAAUCGAUCAAGUUAAUCCUAAUAGUGUUAUGUGUAACAUUGUGAAGAACAAAAUGGUAUUAAUGAAUGUAGUUCAUGAUAAUGUUACAUUAAGUUAUCUCAUUCCGGGUAUAAACUCUAACAAAGUGUAG